UCACCUCGCGCUUCUAACUUCCUGUUUGGGUGCAGCAGCUGGAAAAAUGGCAGCUGAGACAGGAAGAUACAGGAGUGCAGUUAGCAAAAACAAAGACCCCUCUGGUCUUCUUAUCUCCGUCAUAAGGACUUUGUCGAGCAGUGACGAUGUGCAAGACAGGGAGACGGAGAAGGGACGUCUGGAAGAAGCCUUCGAGACUUGCGACAGGGGUUUAGAUGAGCUGAUUGUUCAGCAUUAUGCCGAACUCACCACGGCCAUCAGGACGUACCAGAGCAUCACAGAGCGCAUCACCAGCUCCCGUAACAAAAUCAAACAGGUAAAGGAGAACCUCCUGUCCUGUAAGAUGCUGCUCCACUGCAAACGCGACGAGCUGAGGAAGCUGUGGAUCGAGGGCAUCGAGCACAAGCAUGUCCUCCAGCUGCUGGAUGAAAUCGAAAGCAUCAAGCAGGUGCCCCAGCGGCUGGUGGCCUAUAUGGCUAGCAAGCACUACCUCCAUGCCACGGACAUGCUGGUGUCCGCCGUGGAGUCCUUGGAAGGCCCCCUGCUGCAGGUUGAAGGGCUCGGAGAUCUGCGCCUGGAGCUCCACAGCAAGAAGCUCAACAUCCACCUGGUGCUCAUCGACGAGCUGCACCGACACCUCUACAUCAAGUCCACCAGUCGUUUAGGACACAAGAACAAGGACAAAAAUGCAGCUCGCUUGCUCGGCUCCGCAGCCAAAGACUCAUCUCCCAACUCCGCGUUGGACGUCAGCGGCCUGUCCACCCCACGCAAGCUUUUGGAUUCAUCCCAGUUCAGCACACCAGGAUCCAGCAGCGUGCGUGAGCUGCAGCUGGAGGCGCGGGAGUCGAACCAUGCGGACCUCUCCGAGGUUGAUCCAGAGGAGAACAGUGCCGAGUUCAUGGGCAUUCUCAUCAAGGCUCUGGCCAAGUUGAAGAAAGUCCCCGAGACCAUCAAAGCCAUCAUGGAGCGGCUGGAACCUGAGCUGAAACAGAUCGUCAAGAGGUCCACCACGCAGAUAGCAGACCACGCGUACCAGAGAGGAGAGAACUUGGCCCAGGAGAGCCAGCCGAGGCUGCUGUUGGAUCUGCUGGAGCUGCUGUUUGAGAAGUUCAAGGCGGUGGCCCGGGCUCACAGCGUGGUGCUGGCCCAGCUGCAGCAGAUCGCGGUGCAGUGCCCCGGCGGCGCCCACCAAGAGGGCAUCAAGCUCUACGAGCAGGCCGACGUCUCCGCCAAGAUCCAGACCGUGCUGCAGGUCCUGCUGAUGGAGUACCUGGACGUGAAGAACAGCCGCAGUGCCACGGAGCCGUCGGCCCAGCUCGCCUACGCCAGAACCGGCAGUGAGUUUGCUGCAUUUUUCGCCAAGAAAAAGCCGCAGCGCGCUAAGCAGUCGCUCUUCAAGUUUGAAUCUUCUUCCCAUGCCAUCAGCAUGAGUGCCUACUUGAGAGAGCAGAGGCGAGAACUCUAUAGCAAGAGUGGAGAAUUGCAAGGUGGCGCUGAUGACAACCUGAUUGAAGGCGGGGAAAUGAAGUUUGUGUGUAAACCGGGAGCGAGGAACAUCACCGUCAUCUUCCAGCCGCUUCUCAGGUUCAUUCUGGAGAUAGAGAUGAACAUGGGUCAGGCCAAGCAGUGCCAACUCCGAGCCUUCCUCACUUACUACAUCAACGACCUCUUCCUCAACCAGGUGCGAACAGAGAUCAACAAGGAAAUCGAGGCGGUGAGCAAGGCAGCCGACCCUUUGAAGAUCCUGGCCAGCGCUGACACCAUGAAGGUUCUGGGCGUCCAGAGGCCGCUGCUUCAGAGCACGGUGGUGGUGGAGAAGUCCAUCCAGGACCUGAUGAGCCUGAUGCAGGACCUGAGUGCCUACUCCAACCAGUUCCUUGAGAUGGUCUGCGACAAGCUGAAGGAGUACAAGGACAUCUGCAACUCUGCUUACAGGGGCGUGGUCAAGUGUGAGGAGAAGCUCACCAUCAGCGCCUCCUGGUCCAAAGACGAGGACAUCAGUCGCCUACUCCAGUCGCUCCCAAACUGGGCCAACAUGGCCCAACCCAGACAGGCGCGGCAGAAGAGAGAGGACGAAGAGGACUUUACCCGGGCGGCGUUCGCCAAGGAGUCUGAGGUGCUCACCGGGAACCUCGGAGACAAGUUGAUCCCCCAGAACGAGAUCCUGCGGGACGUCAGUGACCUGAAGGCUCUGGCCAACCUUCACGAGAGCAUGGAGUGGCUCGCCAGUCGCCUGAAGACCUUCUUCACCAACCUGCCUCACGCCUCCAGUGUGUCUCCGUGCUCGGCGGACAGCCAGGUGGUCGGCGAGAGCGAGCGGAGCAGAGAGCAGAUUCUCCAGACCCUGAGUGACCUGUCGAGGGGGUUCCAGGAUAUUGCAGACCGCUGUCUCCUGGUCUUGCACCUGGAGGUCAGGGUGCAUUGCUUCCAUUACCUGAUCCCCCUGGCUAAGCAAGGCAAUUAUGCCAUCGUGGCUAACGUGGAGAGCAUGGACUACGACCCACUGGUAGUGAAACUGAACAAGGACAUCUCAGCCAUAGAGGAGGCCAUGGGGGCCGCGCUGCAGCAGCACAAGUUCCAGUACAUCUUUGAAGGUCUGGGUCACCUGAUCUCCUGCAUUCUAAUCAACGGGGCCCAGUACUUUAAGAGGAUCAGCGAGUCCGGAAUCAAGAAGAUGUGCAGGAACAUCUUUGUCCUCCAACAGAACCUCACCAACAUCACCAUGUCCAGGGAGGCUGACCUUGACUUUGCCAGGCAGUACUACGAGAUGCUGUACAACACCGCGGACGAGCUUCUGAAUCUGGUGGUGGACCAGGGGGUGCGCUACACGGAGCUGGAGUACAUCAACGCCCUGUCCUUGCUGCAUCGCAGCCAGACCGGUGUCGGGGACCUGAGCACCCAGAACAUCCGGCUGCAGAGGCUGAAGGAGAUCAUCUGCGAGCAGGCCGCCAUCAAACAGGCCACCAAGGACAAGAAGAUCACCACGGUGUAAUAACCAGAAGGGGGUUGAUGGCCCCGUAAAAAAAAGAACCUCCGUUCUAAAGAAAUUUCUAAAUUUACGCAACUUGUGAUGAACGGGAAGCCAAAAACUUGCAGGUUAGAAUUGGGGAAACACUGAAAUAGACGCUUGCUCUACACUCGGAUCAUAAUGUGAUCCUAUCUAUAAAUAUACAUGUGUGCACAGCUACAGCUGACUCCAGGGUCCCUGAGCGUAUGCGGCACCGGUUCACUCUAAUUGGGAAGCGAGGUGACAACCAACACAACUGCAGACUUUGCAGUCUAGUUUGCCACGGUUGUAUGUCAUGAGGUUACCCGCGGUAUGUUGUCAAAUUGUAAAUUGAAUCAUCAAUUGUAAAUCGACAACAUACCCCCCGCACACUGCGCCGCGACUCCGGGCUCCAGAUAAAAGGCGAUUGUCUUGGACACUCCACCGAACUUAGGCCCCAUCUCAUCUCAUUUUCCUAUUAGAUCUAAACUGGUGCUCUCGUUUACGCCUCCAUCUCGACUCUCCCGGCAGCCCCAUGAGCCCACUGAUUCUGUCUGCAAUAACAGAUGUCAGAUUAGACCGUCUGAAUGAGGCCGCGUCGUCCGCCUGCUGCCAAUUUCAGGUGGUCCCCAAAGAUUUCCCCUUGCAGAGGAUAGUAUCGUAACCGCGGCUGUUAAAAAUCUGUGUAUCUGUCAUUUUUCUUACAGUUGGAGCCGUAAACGAUUGGGGGAACAUUGUGAGCUGAUUAACAUCGGGUACAAAUUGAACAACGGACUCUGUGAUAAAGAUAUUUUUACGGAAUACAAUUGAAUUUUUCCAUAAAACCGAGAUAAGGCUCACCACAGACAGGUGGCUUGCACCAAGAAUACAUUUCAUUUGUCAAACUAGUUCUACAAACUCAAACAUGCGAUUGUGAAUCUUCAUUUUGUCGUCCCCUUCACAUGUGUGCAAAAUGAGCUAAUUGUACAUACCCGAAGAGACGAUCCCAAGUCAUUCCCUUCCCUGUUUUUCACUCGAUUUAACUUGGGGGAGAAGUACUUAACGGAGAGCCAGAGGAGGGAAUGGGAGCGUUGUCAAUACUGCGGGCCUGGUAGUAGUCUUCCGAAGCACGCAAAGCAAUCCAUCAUAAUGACACACGGCCUGAAAUCGAUGGGAAAACAACCGUGUAGCUGCUGAGGGGUUCGUCCACCACUCUGAAACGGGCCUUUUCUGUAAAAUCUCAUAUCGGAUCAUUCAGCUGUGCAGAGCGUUUCUUAAAAUGUUAUACGUGGAAAACUUCAAUGCAAUGUUUAAGGUUGUGUCUUUUCGCAAAGUGAUUCUUAUAAUAUCGUGCCACUGCACACAGACAGCCCCUAAAAGUCCAGGAGGCGUUCGUGUCGGACAUAAGAACCAUCCCACUAACCCUGCUCUUUAUUCACCAAUAAAAUAUGUCAAAUGUAAUCAAGGUUCAUGUUUGUCAUGUUUUUUUUCAAAGGAUCUUUGUUUUGCACAUCGGGGAUGGCAGUAAACUGUGUGUUCUCAAAGAAGAAUGUAUUGAAAUCUGUGUGUUUUUCUUGAACAAGUUAAAACACCCUCGUGGCUGCUCUAGAGUGGCAUCUUAGAAAUGCUCUGAAAUGUUUGUCUAGUCACACACAGGAUUUGUUAACACAUACACUAAUCCACUAAGAAAAUAAAGCAUUCAAAGUCUCUUGUG